AUGGAGGAGGGGGGCGUGGGAGAGCACGAGACGUGGGAGCCGCUGUGGAGCGCACGGUGCAGCCCCGCCACCUCGUCGGCGGGCUCCCUGCAGGACGAGCUGGACGAGCGGAGCCCGGCGGCCGGGCACAGGGUGUUCGUCGCGGUGCCCGAAGAGGUCAGCGACGGGAGGAACACCCUGCUGUGGGCGCUGCACAAUUUGGUCAAGGACGGAUCCGAGGUUGUGAUAGCUCAUGUCCAUAGCCCUGCGCCACCGAUCGCCCAGAAGAGGGGUCAUACCAGCAUGAAACCAGAAGAAAUCAAGGAGUACAGAAAGCAGAAGCGAGCAAAGGCAGAGAUGAGCCUAGAUAUGUAUGUGCAAAUAGCAAAAUGCACAGGGGAAGAUCUAGAGGUUGGUUGUGCGAAAGUAAUAAUUGAGACGGAUAAUGUAGCUGAAGGACUUGAGGAGCUCAUUUUCCUUCAUAACAUAACCGAGCUUGUCAUGGGAGCAGCUGCAGACCGACACUUCUAUAAAGAGAUGAACACACCAAAAUCAAAGACAGCACUCAAGCUUAUGAAGACAGCAGCUCCAUCAUGCAAGAUGUGGUUUACUUGUAAAGGUCAUUUGAUAUGUACCAGGGAAGCAAAGGAAAGCCUUCCUGCAAUACAUCCAUCACCUGAAAAAAGCAAUGAACCACUGUCACCAGUGUACAGCAUUUCAAGUCAAAUGGGAUCAAUGGCACUAACUGAGUUGGAAUACGAAGAAUCAAGCCACAAAGGAUACAUUUCAAGCUCAUCGGCUGCAACAAAAAUGACUGAAUGGGAUUAUCUUUUUGGAGAUUGGGGAAUGAUAGUUUACGGAUCAUCAGGAACUGAUGAUGCGGUCAGCUUCUCCGAAACUGCUGCUCUACCUUCAGUUAUUGGUGAUACACACAAAACAACACCAGUGGCGCAUUUUACAACUCAAGAACCUGAUAGUGUCUACUUGUUGCUAGCAUCAGCAUAUAAUCAGGAAGACGAACCCAGUGUAGAUGAAGAAAAGUAUGAGAAGCUUCAAGAUUCAUGUACUGAAGCUAAGUUGUUAAAGGAAGCUGAUGAUGAAUCCAACAAAAUCCAGAAAGCUGAAAUGGACCUGCUUUCAGCACUUCAAAGAGUCCAGUAUGACCAAAAUGGCAAAAUCUCCUUGCAGAUUAAAGAGUUGGAAGAUUCGUAUCUUCACGAGGUGAACCAGCGAAAAGAAAUUGAGAAGACGCUUGCUAGACAAAGGCUGGAGAUUGAUGAAAUGAGGAGACAACGAUGCACAUUAUCUGAUAAAAUACAGGAUUCCGAUCAGCGUAAGCUUAUACUUGAACAACGUAUAACACAAAUUAAGUCAGCUGCAAAAGAUCACGUGGAAGAAAUUACUGAUCAUUUUAUAAAACAAUCAAGUGAGGAAUCUAAGAAACACCAAAAAAUCAAAAUGGAUCUGCUUUCGACACUUCAAAGAGUUAAAGAGGUUGAGAGUUUGCUCCAGAAUGAGAAGGCACAGAGGGAAUAUAUGGAGGAGAAGAUAGCAAGACAAAGGACAGAGAUUGAAGAAAUAAAGAGGCAACGAGAUAAACUGUAUCAUGACUUACAAGAUUUAAAAGAGCAGAAGCUCAAACUGGAACAAGUUGAUACGUCUGAAGAAACUAACAGAAGAAGAAAAGCUGAAAGAGAUCAGCUCUCAUAUCUUAAAAGGAUUAAAGACCUGGAGCAUCAGCACAUACAUCAGGUGAAAAAACAGGAAAUAAUGGAGGAGACAAUGACAAGACAGAAGGAAGAAAUUCAAGCAUCAAAAAGAAAGCUACAUGAGAUACAUGGCAAACAUAUGACUGAGAUAAAGUCCGCCGUGAAGGUUCAUGAAGAAAAGCUUGCCAGCAGCAAACAGCUUCUCCAAGAGCUCCAAGCAAAGUAUGACAAGCUACUGCAUGAGAGAGACACUGCAGUAAUGAAAGCCAAAGCGUUACACCAAAAGAACAAGCAAAGAGCUUUAGUGACAACUGAAACUCCGAACACUGAGUUCUCAAUUGUCGAGCUGCAGAAAGCAACCAAAGGAUUUGAUGCAGAAUUCAAGAUUGGCGAAGAUGGAUUUGCAAGCAUCUAUAAAGGUUUCGUCCGCAACACAAAUGUAGCAAUAAAGUUGUUCUAUCCGCGAAGCUUAAAAGGACAGGCGAGAUUUUAUCAAGAGGUUGCUGUCCUCAGUAGAGUGAGGCAUCCUAACAUUGUCACACUGGUAGGAGUAUGUCCUGACGAUUUUGCACUGGUGUACGAAUUCCUCCCAAAUGGUAGUCUUGAGGAUUGGAUCUCAUGCAAGAAAAACAUGCCACCUCUGACAUGGAAGGCGCGCACAAGGAUCAUUGGGGAGAUAUGCUCAGCUUUGGCUUUCAUCCACUCACACAAGCCUUAUCCAAUUGUUCAUGGUGAUCUAAAUCUGGGAAACAUUCUCCUUGAUGCCAAUUUCGUCAGCAAGCUGGGAGGCUUGGGCAUCUGCUACUUUCUUGGAGAACCUGAUAUAACAACGACCAGUCUGCAAAGUCACCCUAAAGAGAACCAUAAGGGAACACUCUGCUAUAUGGACCAGGGUGAAUUCAAGUCAGCAGCGGAGCUCAUGUUGUGGUCCGAUGUGAACUCAUUCGGCAUUAUCAUCCUUCGCCUAUUGACAGGGAGAUCACUACAAGGGAUUGGUGAAAUAGUGGAAGAAGCAAUGGAGGAAGGGAACUUGCAUUCAAUCAUUGACACCUCCGCAGGGGAGUGGCCUUUUGUGCAGGCCAACCAGAUGGCACAUCUUGGGCUUAGAUGCAUCACCUUGGGCUCGGGGCGCCAGCCAGAUCUCGCAGGGGAAGUAUGGGAGGAGGUCAAGCGACUGAUGAAAGCCGCUUGCCUGACCACUGGGCCAUCUCAAUUUGCAUCAUCGUCAGAAGAUGUUUCGCCUCCAUCGUACUUCAUCUGUCCAAUUUUUCAGGAGGUGAUGAGUGACCCCCACAUGGCGGCAGAUGGGUUCACAUAUGAAGCCGAAGCCAUCAGGGGGUGGCUUGACGGCGCCAGCACAUCGCCGAUGACAAACCUGAGACUUGCACACCGCAAGCUCACCCCAAACAAGGCGCUCCGUUCAGCGAUUCUCGAGUGGCAACAGAAACAGCAUGGGAGAUGA